CAUCAAUUAAAACAUAAGCUCGGUCAGAUGAGCAAGAACAUUGAAUACAAGUUUAUACUUCUCACUCCUAAUCUCAAGAAUGUUGGUUUGGCUAAGUUGAUGGGAGAUGUAACCACGGAGCUUCAAAACCUAAGCUUAGAGACUAUGAGCUUUGGUGAGGAUGAAGAGAAGAAGGGGAAGGAUAGAUUCUUGAUGAAUGAUCUCUCAAAUUUUAUGGAGGCUCUUGACAAGCUCAAGAAGGGAGAGUUUGUCAACUUCAAACAAGUCUUCAUGAUCAAAAGUCUCUCUUCAAAUCUCAUCUCAAAAAAAAUUGAGGUGGUUAAGGUUGUCCCUAUUGUGUUUGGAGACUUUUGUUUCAAAACUUUCAAUAGUUUUGAGGAUGCGACGAAAACGGCAAGCAUCUUUGGUCUACUUGGACAAGAGGUCAAACUUGAUGAAGAAGAGCUUGAUGUUUUCAGCUGCAUGUUGAAUUACAAUGACCACAAGUGUUAUGUUUUGAUUACUAUAAUGUUAAGUUUAAAUUAGACUUAAAUACUACUUGUUUGAAGAUUUAUGAUAAUCUAAAAAAAUUAUGGAGUUUUA